AUGUCGCCCGACAGCGUGCCCGGUGCCGGCGGUGCGGCCGAGAGGGCCGACCUCUUCGAGUCGGGCUGGGUCCGCUGCACCACGGGGUCCACGGACGGCGGAGACCUCACCUGUGACGGCCUGGAGUCCGUCGGGGAGUCAAGCUUGUUCGACAGGCGGGUCAGCGACAUCAUCGGCUCCACAGAUCUCUCGGGGAGCAGCAGCGCCUCCGCGUCAGGCAGCGCUGCCGCGCGCACGGGCGGGGGCGGCGGCCAGAGGCGCAUCGUGGCCUCCACGCCCGCGGGGAGGCAGGCCAUUUCUGGUGGUCGGCCCGACGCCGCGGGCUCGUUCCGCGUGAGCGGCUACACGGCCACUGCAGAGGCCUUCGAGGUGGUGGACCCGUGGGUGGGGCUGGAGCAGUACAAUAUUGAUCGGCUGAUGGGGGCAUGA